UAAACACUGCAUUAGCUGCAUGGUUGGGUACGUCGAGUUAAAGGAGUCUAAACAAAAACGUUGAACUUUACAGAUACUUUUGUAUGAAAAAUGGAGGAAUUAAGACAUAUAGUUAUGAUAAACCAGUUCGUUUUGAUAGCUGGAUGUGCGUCAGACCAAGCGAAACAGCUUCUUCAAGCGGCGCACUGGCAGUUUGAGACUGCCCUCAGUACUUUCUUUCAAGAAGCCAAUAUUCCAUACAGUCAGCAAAUGAUGUGCACGCCUGCCAAUACCCCAGCAACGCCCCCCAACUUUCCAGAUGCUCUAGCCAUGUUCUCCUGUCUCCGAGCUUCAGAAAGUAACGGUGCCAGUCCCAUUUCAUCUGUGGCUACUUCUCCUCCUUCUUACAUCAACUGGGCCGUGGGUUCCACAGCACCCCCCGGGCAGCAGGCGCUCUGGACAGCCAAUCAGCUCCCUUCACACAACUCCGUUAGUCAGCAGGCCUCAUCUGCGCAGUCCAUGGAAGCUGAAAGAUGAGAACAAGCUGCUACUGGGUCAGGCAGGACUAGCAGCACAGGUUGUCCUGUUUGAAGAUUCUGAUUUCACAGUGGCCUAGAGAGAAACAAUGACUGACUGUGAAUAAAACACUGAAAUACUGAACAAUGUGGCACACAAGAAACAAACACAUUGAAAUUCUGAAUGACUGCGUACAAACUAGAGACUCUUUAAAUGUUGUGAUGUAACAGCAUCAUGGAUAAGUGUGUAUUCAGCCCAGAUUAUUUCUUAGUUCCUACAGCAGGUCAGUCAGCCUGGAGUCAUUUGUACUAGUGAUUGCACUGAAUUUUUUGAAAUAUGUCUAAUUUCUGUCUGUACUGCCACGAUCAUGCCAGAAACUUGCCAUCAUGUCGGCAUGUAUUAGCGUGACCAUGGCUGAGCUGAAAAUUUUGAAAGCAAUUGUCUGCCAUGGUGUUUCAGUUAACAAUUUAGCCUUGACUUACCGUUUAAGAUGUGGCUGCCUUGCAGUUUAAGAAUGAAUUCUGGUUUUCUCAGCCUGGUUCAUGUAAUUUGACUUGAAGGCUGAAAUUUAAAUUAUACUUUAUGAUCCAUUGUACAAAAUUAUUUUGGUUUGUAAUUUAAAAAGAAAAAAAUACCCUGAUUAUUUGUUAACACUGAUCUUUAUUGUUUAUUAAUAAAUAUUGUUCCUUUCUUAAAACGAAUACA